ACAGAGCAGAGCUGAAUCACUACCUUUCCUGCAUACUCUAAACUGUUGCCUGCGAAAGAGGAACUGGGGACUUUGACUAAUUCAGGCUGCUUCCAUUCAAAUGUUCCAGAGGGCAGACACACAUCCAAACAGACUUCUCUUUGCUUUUCGGAGCUUAUAAGGAGCAGGCAUCUGAAGCUCUAUUCCAGAGAUUCUCCUGAACAAGUUACCUGUUGGUGCAAGCUUCAAAAGGGAUACUUAAGUGACCAGUCCUAUUCAUACUGUGAGCCAGGAGAGAUAUGUGGUGUAAAAAUAGACAUUUUCCCCAAUGUUUGCUGACCAGAAGGAAUUGAGAGGGAAAAUCAAUAUCUGUUGAAGAAUCUAAAAAGCCAAAUCUUCUGAGCCUGGGCCUACUGCUGUCAGCAGCUCUGAGACCUCCCUCAUCUGAAAAUUACCAGGUCUGACAACACUAUCCCUCCAGCCUACAGGGAAGGAUGUCAACAAAGCUACAGAAAGCUCACAUUCUCUAGACUUACAACCUUCCAGCUGUGCAGCUGAGCAGGAACCUUAUAAUCUCCAUCCUUGGAGAAGGUUCAGAAAUAUAGACAAACGGGGUGAAAACUCACAUUUGCUGAGCCUGAUAUGUACAAAAGUCUUCAGAUAGUCUCCUCACAGAAGAGCCCAAUUAAGUCCACAUAAUUAGUCCACACAUCUAGAUUAGGUAUAGGUAAAACGAGCCUUUUCUCCAUCUACCAAAACAGAGCAAAAGAUUGACAUAAUACUCUAAAAGUUUAUUGUUCUAAUAACAGUAUUAUAAAGCAGUUUCAGCCAUAUUUAUUUUAAUCAGUAUAAAAGUAGGAGUGUAGAAAAUAAAGCUUUAUUUAUAUUUUUAAAAAUUGAUUAAGAAGCUCUGAUAAAACCUAUUCGAGGGGUGAUUGCUGUGCUGAAGGAUAGAGAGGGUGUGGCAAUUGUCAAACUAUAGCAUUACCAUUUUCUGCUUCUGUGCUAUUGCCUUAGCUCUGAGAGUGACUGGUUUCUGUCAGAUUGUUAGAAUACGUCCAAUAAAUUUAGAGACAGUCUAAGUGACUGUGAAAUGCCUCAAGGGCAAUAGAAAUCAAAUAGAAACACAUACCAACUCAAGUCUUGAGUGAUGACGGAGGCACAUUUUAGAUACCAUGGAAAUCUCACUGGGCGUGCCCAUUUUCCCACUCUGGCAACAGAGGUUGAUACCUCUUCAGAUAAGUAUUCCAACCUGUACAUGUAUGUGGGCUUAUUCCUGAGCCUCCUGGCCAUUCUCCUCAUCCUGCUCUUCACAAUGCUUCUUCGACUCAAACAUGUCAUCUCACCCAUCAACUCUGACAGCACAGAAAGUGUUCCUCAGUUCACAGAUGUAGAGAUGCAAACUCGAAUCCCCACUCCUUAAAGCCAGGAUGAAGGUGAGCUUUAGUGGAUCUGGGUAAACCCUCAUAUAUGGAUGUCCAGGAGAGUUUGCUUUCUUGCAUGAAGCUUCCCAUGUAGGGAAUCCACAAGUUGUUCAUUUAACAACAAACUGUUCAUGUUUUCUUUGUGUUAUUCUUCAUCUUUACUCUGCUUGUGGGCUAUCUAAAACGUUUAAGACUCACUCUGAAAGGAAUAUAGGAAAUGACAGCUGGUUGGGAGGGCUGGUUUCCAUAGUAACCAAACAGCACCUGGGCCUUGCACAAACCUCAGACCACAGAAAUUCAUACGCAGUGGUUGUGAGAAACACAGGGUCUCUGGAACCUCCAAACACAAACAAAGAAGAUUUGCUUUUGAAAGGGCUGAUCAUUCAAAGAGGAUAUCCCAAGAAAAGGAGCAGUCCUGAUUUAGUGUUUUGAUUGGAAAGAAUCACCUCUAUAAGAAAUUAAAUUAUGUCAGAGGUUAAUGGAAGGGGCCACGAGCCCUUUCCCUGAACAGCAGUGAUUUCAUCAUCUUAGGCCAUCAGGUUUGUCCCAAAUGAAAGAAGAGAUUUAAAGAAACUGUUUCAGUUUAAAGAGUAAGUUUGCAGAAAGAAGAUUCUAGUAAACAAGCUCAUCUAGAGAGAGAAAAAUGUUCAUAUUAUAUCCAUGUUAAUUCUAUACCCAUGCAGCUUCUUUCUUUCUUUCUCCCUAUCACCCUCUCGGAUAGAAUUGCACACAAAUAUGAGCUUUGUUUAAAAGGUGCCUUUGCAAACAAGACUCAACUGUACUUUAGAGCAGAAAUGAAAUGAUUUUGUUAUUCUGUUGUUGAAUGUGGCUUUGGACAAAACAUUCAAGCCUUCUGAGUCCCAGGGUUUUUUUGUUUUUUUUUUGUUUGUUUGUUUUUUGCUGAAAAGUGAUUAGAGAGCUAUUUAGUCAUCAUUAGACUCUUUAGAUCUGAGUAUAUUAAAAAAAAAAAUGAGAGACAAAGGAGGAAAGGACUAAACAACAUCCUCCAACUAAUCCUUAUUGAGAUCAAUGUCCUCAAAUGUCACAUUUGUAUUUCCCAGAGAAUGUUUCUCCCUUCUUGAUCCCUGCCAAAAGAUGAAGUGUUUUACUUAUUAUCUGUAAGAGAAUUAUAUUUUGAAAAAUUCCAUUCUCAUAAGUAGCCCUAGUAUGCUAGUAGUGUGGAGAUAAUUUAAUUUUUAAAACUAACUUUUCAAAGGAAAACCAAAGGAGAUGAGUACCAUUUACAUAUUAGAAAUUUAAAAACUGAUCAUAUUCUUGCCACCAAAGGAUGGGUAUACCUGUGUUAAAUUCUACCUGCUAAAACAAAAAAAUAAGUGAUCCCUUGUAUCUAAAGGGGGAUCACCAAAUUUCACAAAAUGAUCUCUCAGGAACUGUAAUGGUGGUAAGAGAAAAAUUGAAUAGAUGUUAGCUUAAUGCCACCUCCCCCAGACAUGUAGCUCUUCAUACUCUGUAACCAAUUUAGAUUGGCCCUUUUUCUCUGAUCUAAAUCUAGGUUGGUAGUGAAAUUCCCAAGUGCUUUCCACUUUUACACACAGUCAUUUGUCAAUGCUCCCCUCUCCAAGGGGCUGCAACUGUAAAAUCCCCACAUGCAGAGCUAAACUUAGCAGUAAGGCUAACUGCCACACCUGUUAGAACUGUGCACUGUCAGAGAUGGGAGCUGCAUUCUGCACCAUGCAAAACAAAUUAGUAGGUAGGCCAAGACUUGGACAGGGCAUAUAUUUUUCAAAACUCAAAGUGACUCACAUUAUUACACCUUGGUGGUCUAAGUUGUGUGUUUAUUCAACACCCAGAUUCAGUGGACCCUUUAAAAUUUGAGCUUUGGCAGCCAAACAUGGACUUCAUCAAAGGCUGGCAAUAACCCCCAGAACUUUUUAAGAACACACAUCUUCCCUCAUUCCAGGCUCUCCCUUUUGUGCCCACAGUAUUCGAAUGCACUUUACAGUUAAGAAGUCAGUGGCUGGAUAAAUGGAUAAAUGAUUAUACUUUCAACCACAAUGAAUAGCAAGGUACAAAAUACGUUGUUGCUGAAUCCAAUAGAGAUGCAGACUGAAAAUCUAUUCUCUUCCCAUCUGACCUCCCCAACCGAAAUUUCAGGAGAAUAAAACUGCUUUUUAAGCAAUGACUUGGAUGAAGAUUUCUAACUUAUGAUUAGGUUGCUCACAUGGAAAACUACCACCCUCUUUCAUCACAACUACCCCAUAGGGAUCCAGAUCCACACUGAGCAUUAACCAAAGGACACAACACAGAUUACACCAAAAUAGCAGCAUAACUCCCCCCCACCUAAUUUGCAGUGACAAUAUAAAUGGAAAUACUUUUAAGCAGAUGUGUCACUAUAAUGACUCACAUGGUAUUGAAUCUUUAGAAAAAUAAAAUGAAUGUUUUCAUUGUAGCAAACACUGUAAAGAAAAUAAUUUUUACAUUAUAUUUAUUCCCCAAUGUAUUAAUUAACAUAUCUUACUGAUCAAAAAGGCAGCUAGAGUAACCAGAGGGCACAAUUUGAAUUUAUCCUUCUAUUCAAAAUGCUGACUUGGAUUGCCUUCCCUCACCCCCACUCCCUCCAAAAUUGCACAUUAGCCAGUAUACAAACAGAUAGGUUAUUUAUAUAUGUGUGUACUCUGUUUUAAGAUGAAAACAACAAUUCUUCAUUUUUUAUUAUGCUGAACCAUAUGAAAUUGCCAUUUUUAUAGGCCAAAAAAACCUCAAAUAUCACCAACUUCAUAAAAUCCAACCUAAUACAAAGACGCACCACAUUAAUUCUGUAAAUAGUAAAUUCUCCUAAUAUGCUUAAAAAUAAUCCAAUUUUUUAAAAGAUACUUUGCAUAUAUUUCAGAAUCAUGGGUUGUAUGAAACAAAGUAUAUUGUAAAAGGCUUAUGUAUUAUGUAUUAAGCAGAAAAUAUUAAGGUUAAUCAAGUAAAGAUGAAUUCAUCCAGCCCAACCUUUGCAUCCAUGCCAAAUCUGAAGCUUUGGACUCUGAGUUUGAGUGCUGCAGAUCCCACCAUACUUACUACGUAGGUAUAAGGGAUUAAUUUUAAUACAUUUCAAGUUAUAUUUGGUAAUACAUUUUAUUCACUUGCAUUUGUACAAAAGAACUUUUUUUUAACAAAAUGAAGAAUUGUGUGGAAUAAAAAAUUGGGUUUCUUUUGUUUGAAAUCAUUAAUGUUUGAAAUAUAUUCAUAUUGCACAAAAAUGGAAAUAUAUUUGCAUUAAUAUUUAGCAUGUUAUUUUUGAUCCCUGGACAAUAAAUGGUGACUGGUUUGCUGAUAA